AUGAUUAAUCACACAACAAGCACCACCACCACAACCACAAGCAUCAAAACUCUGAAUAAUUUCAACUUUCCCGAUGAUAUUUGUUCAGAAAUAAUUUUAUAUCUUCCACAUGAAUUUCUACUAUGGAGUGGUGUUUUAAUUUCUAAACAGUGGAAGCAAAUUAUUAAACAAUUCACCAAAAUUAAUUUGCACUUUACCCAAAGUAUCACUUUAGAAAAUAGUAGACUAAUGAUGCAAAGUGAAUUUUUGGAAAAUGUUAUUGGUGCGAAAUUUCAAUUAAACACAUUGUUGGAAGAUGGAGUUUUGGACAAUGUUUUGGAUGCUUUACAAAAGAUGAGUCAAUUGACAAAGCUUGAUAUAGGAAUGAACAAACUUGGAGUAAAAGGUGCCAAGGAGAUUGGUAAAUUGAAACAAUUGAGAGAGCUCAAUAUUAUUUACAAUAAUAUUGGAAAUGAAGGAGCUGAAUAUAUUAGUCAACUUGAAAAUUUAACAUAUCUUGAUAUUGCUUGUAAUAGAAUGGAUGUCGAGGGAGUCAAAUCAAUUUGCAAAUUGAAACAAUUGACCGAUCUCAGUAUUCACAGAAAUAGUAUUGAGAAAGAAGGAGCCAAAUAUUUAAGUGAACUAAAUCAGUUGACUAAACUCGACAUUGCCUGCAGUGAUAUAACUCACAACGGAGCUAAACACAUUUGUGAAAUGAACAAUCUGACAGCUCUCAAUAUUUUCGAUAAUCGUUUGAAAGCUGAUAGUGCAAAAUUGAUUAGUGAAAUGAAGAAUUUGAAAUAUCUCGAUAUUCAUAGGGACGAAAUAGCUAAUGGAGGAGGAAUUGAAUAUAUUAAACACUUUCCAAGUGUUCCACCUAGUUUUAUUAAACUAAAUUAA